GAAAUCCAUAAAAAUCAAAAGAGCUAGACCACGCAACAAGCACUAAAGUUCGAUGAAUCCAAAAUAACGGCCGGUCUUCAUUCCUCAACUCUCAACUACAGUGCGUAUUGGUUUUGGUAAAAGACGGUCCAAAAUGGUCGUAGUAACAAAGAUCCUCUUCUAUGAAUCCACAGAUACGGAAAGGAAUUGGGCAAGUAAAAAGACGAAUGAAGGAAUGCAUAGUAGAAACGAUAUAUGAAGUGACGGAACGCGGUUUGGCCGGAGCCUCGUAUUGGCAACUAGAUUUCCGCAGCCAUGCCGACGGCCGAAGAAGGAUCAACGGCGGCAACAAAGAUUGACUACACAUCCCCAUAUUUUCUGGGUCCUCAAGAUAGGCCGGGUGAUUUUAUCACUCCGGUUCGUCUGACGAAUACCAACUACGAAGAAUGGGCCAAUGCGGUGCGACUGGCACUCCGAGCAAGGCGUAAAUAUAUCUUUGUUGACGGAACGUUAAAAAAACCGACACCUCCUAGCACCGAGGAGGAAUGGUUGGUUAAUCACUCAUGAUCGUCUCUUGGUUGUUGAAUGUGAUAUCUCCGGAAGUCAAGGGGACUUUGUCACAUUAUGAUGAUGCCCUGCGACUAUGGACUGACUUGAAAGAGAGGUUUGGGUCCGUUGAUGGCCCGAAAAUACACCAAGUGAAAACAGAUUUGGCACGGUGUUCUCCAACGAGAGGGAUGUCGGUCGGUACCUAUUACGCAAAGUUGCAAACUUUGUGGGACGAAUUGAACAACUAUGAGCCUUUGAUUCGGUGUAAGUGCAACGGGUGCACUUGUGAUGUACUCGGUCAGCAUGAAAAGAGGAGGGAGUCGGAACGCCUCCAUCAAUUUUUGAUGGGAAUCUAUACGGAAUUUUUUGGAGGUGUAUGAUCUCAAUUGUUAACACAAACUGAUCUGCCAACUCUCAACCGGGCUUACCAACAGAUGACUCAAGAAGAACGAGUUAGAGGGAUUGUGCAGGCACAGGAAGAACGGCCUGAAGUUCUGGGUUUUGCGGUUCGAGCUGAAAACAAGGGUGCAGGCCGAGGGAUGAAGGUGGAUAAAACCGGAUUAACUUGCACAUAUUGUAAGUAUUCGGGACAUGAGGUAACCAAUUGCUUUGAACUUAAUGGCUAUCCGGAUUGGUGGGGAGAUAGGCCUCGCUUGGGAAUAAAAAACGGGGGGCGUGGUCGUUCUACUCCUACUGGAGCGGCUGGAGCAGGACGAGGGAGAGCAACUGCAAAAGCCCAUGCUGCUGUCACUGAAACUGUGCCUAAACCGAGCCCAAAACAGGCUGAAGGAAGUAGCGGGCAGACUACUCCACUCCCGGGAUUCACGGCCGAACAAUGGAACUCGCUUCUCUCCGUGAUUGGUAACUCCUUUUCUACUAACGAACGGAUGGCCGGUAAGUUUAAUGAUAAUGCCUGGAUUAUUGAUACUGGUGCUACCAAUCAUGUGUGUGGAAAUCAAACUUUAUUAUUCCAUAUUAAAAAUGUUGAACCAUGCACUGUUGGUCUGCCAGACGGACAAACUGUUUUAGCCACAUUGGAGGGAAGUGUGCGUUUUACGGAUGAUUUAUACUUAAAUAAUGUGCUAUUUGUUCCGAAAUUGAAGUGUAAUCUUAUCUCGGUAUCUCAAUUGAGCGAUAAAUUGAAUUGUUUCGUCCAAUUCACAAGUAAUUUGUGCGUUAUACAGGACCGUCCCUCGAGGAGGCUGAUUGGAACGGGUGAACGGGUGAAUGGACUGUACUACCUGCAGGAGGGAAUAACAGCACAUGUGUUGACAGUUACAGAUUCGAAGAAUAAAGUGGCGGAAUUAUGGCAUCAACGAAUGGGACAUCCUGCUUCUCAUAUUGUUGAAAAAUUGGCUCCCAAUGUUUGACAAAGUGAACCUAAUUAUUCACCAUGGCGGGAACUUUGUUAGUGUGCCUGAAACUAUGUACGUAGGGGGAGAAGUGGAGUGUAUCCCAAUAGAUCCGGACUUGAUUUCUUAUCCUCAUUUAAUGAAAGCCUUAAAGUCUGGGAGGUAUGGAAAUAUUAAAGGACUGUUUUUUAAAAAACCUACUGAUGCUAUGGGUGACCUGCUUGCCCUGUUCAAUGAUGCAUCCACACUUCAGCUCAUACAUAUGGCUAGUACUUGUGGCCAGUGUGAGAUAUAUGUAGAGCAUGGUUUGGAUGAGUGUGAACUGAUUCUCCCUUUACCUGGACCAAAUAAUGAAAGGGUUAUUGAAGAAUUUGAAGUACAAGUUCAAGGUCUGACACCAGAAGAAGAAAUGCAGACCAAUGUUAGACAAAGUGAGGCACAAAUGCAUAGUGGUAAGGUUUAUGAAUUGCAUCCUGAGGCUGAUGAUUCAUCAUCAGAGGAAGAAAGGCAUGACAGUAUGGAAGAAAUCUGUGAAGAUGGGCAUGGCAAUGGGAAUCUUGAAAGGGAUAAAGCCAUUCAAGAAGAUGAAGCAGAGUUUGAAGAACAUGAUUCUGAUUUGGCAGACCUUACAGGUACAAAUGAUAAUAAUGACACUCAUGAGGAAGCCACAGAAGUGGAUGAGAGGGACAAUGAUGUGCAUGUUGGGUCUGAGUCAAGGGAUAAACCCACUCCAGAAGCUGAAACAGAGUUUGAAGAACAUGAUCCUGAUUUGGAAGACCUUACAGGUAGAAAUGAUAAAAAUGACACUGAUGAGGAUGCAGACAGUGUUGAAUAUGAUUCUUCUAACCCAGGAAGCUACACAUCUGACAAAGAAAUAGAUGAUAAGCAGUCUAAACCUCCACACAUCAACCAUGUUUCCUAUAAUCCGGAGUCUGAACCUCCCCUGAUUGAGGUGGCAAUGCUUUUUGAAGAUGCAAGGCAAUUUAAGAAUGCCAUGGUUAGGUAUGCUGUGUUUCAUAAAAGAGAUAUUCGCUAUGUGAAAAAUACAGAUACAAGAGUUAGGAUAAAAUGUGCCCCACCAUGCCCUUAUAAUAUUACUGCUAGUUGGGAACCUUGGCUGAAGUGCUUCCAAGUUAAGGUUCUUGAAUCCGAACAUUUAUGCAAUUUGAGGUUCAAGUUAAGAAUAGUUAGUGAGAAAUGGAUAGCAGAGACAUAUGAAGAGAAGGUACUUGAGAACCCAAGCAUGGGUGCAGUAGAGUUGAAGGAACUUAUCAAGAGUGAGCUGAAAAUUAAUGUAUCUGCUAGUAUGGCCACAAGAGCUUUGAGGGAUAUACAGAAGAAAACAGAAAGAGAUUUUAAACAUCAGUUUAUGAAACUAAGGAAUUAUGCAGAGGAAUGUUUGAGGUCCAUUCCAGAUUCAACUGUGGUGAUUCACACAACCAAAGUUGUCCCAGAAUCUCCCUCAAUUUUUCAACGCAUUUACAUGUGUUUUGGGCCAGUCAAACGAGGUUUUCUAGAAGGUUGUAGGAAGGUAAUAGGGUUGGACGGUUGCUUCUUGAAAGGACAACUCAAGGGUGAGAUAUUAACUGCAGUUGGGAGGGAUGCGAACAACCAGAUGUUCCCCAUAGCUUGGGCUGUGGUUGAGAUUGAGAACAACUCCUCAUGGACAUGGUUCUUAGAGCUAUUGAAGAGUGACUUGCAGAUUACUAGGCCAGACUUAUGGACUCUAAUUAGUGAUCAACAAAAGGGUCUAUGUAAUGUGAUCGCCAAUAUCUUCCCUGAGGCUGAGCAUAGGAACUGUGCUAGGCACAUACAUGCGAAUUGGAGCAAAUCACAUAGGGGGAUGGUGUUUCGCAAAUUGUUUUGGAAAUGUGCAAAGUCCACAUGUGAACCACAAUUGAUAGAUGCACUAGCAGAAGUAGACAAGGCUGAUAUUCAAGCUGGUACGGAUUUGAGGAAAUAUUCAUUGAAGUUAUGGUGCAAGGCAUAUUUCAGAACCGAAGUGAAGUGUGAUACAGUAGAUAACAACUUGUCUGAAGCUUUCAAUAGCAGCCUACUCAAAUGCAGAAGCAAGCCAUUGAUUCCCAUGCUUGAAGACAUCAGAGUUGGAAUGAUGAAAAGAAUAGCAAAAAAAAGGAAAUAUGUGGAAAGGUGGCCUGGAAAUUUUGGACCAAUCAUUAUGAAGAAGCUAAAUAAAAAUGUGUUAGCAAGCCAAGCUUGGCAUGUGGACUUCAAUGGUGAUGAUGGCUACGAGAUUAAGAAAGGAAGACAUCAAUUCAAGGUCAGCCUUAAUAGAAGAACCUGCUCUUGUAGAAAAUGGGACCUCAGUGGUAUCCCGUGUGCCCAUUCUAUCUGUGCAAUCCUGGAUAAGGGAGACCAACCGGAAGACUAUGUGGACAGAUGGUACUCAAAAGAGCUAUACCAAAAGACCUACUCUUAUACCUUGCAACCAAUAAAUGGAGAACUGUUGUGGCCUAGAACAGAACAUGAAGAAAUGUUACCUCCUUUACCAAGAAAGAUGUGUGGAAGGCCUAAAAAGAAGAGGGUAAGAGAGGAAACUGAACAAGCAACGUCAAAUACAAAACUGAGUAGAAAAGGUAGGAUUAUGACAUGCUCCAUAUGUCAUAAAGAAGGACACAACAAAUCUUCAUGUCCAAAUAAGAAGACACCUACUGAAGAAAGAGGGUCAGGGACAGGACCUAGUCUUGAUGCAGGUGGAUCUGGUCAUGUGAAUGAUGAUUAUGGAGAUGUUGGGAAUGGAAGAGGUGGAACGGGAAGAGGGGGGAGAGGUAAAGGAAGAGGAAGAACACCACAAUCUUUUGGCAAUAGAAGAGGGAGAGGAAUAGGGAGAGGGAGAGGAGGUAGGACUGAUACAGCUGGCCUAAGUGGAUCCAGGACAACCAAGUGAAAGAAUUGUUGGUGGAUGUCCAUGAAGUGGUAAAGAUGAACUGAAUUGUUGAAGUUUCUGUGUGGAUGCGUGAAGAUGAUAAGGCUACUAUUUUUUUUUCCUUUUCAGACUCAUGAUUGAUGGAUAUGUGUAGCCCAUGUGUUGUUGUCCUUUUUGUCCCCUUUAAAGAGGGUUGUUGUGGCCUUUAAAGUUGCCUUUUUUGCUUUUGUUUUGUUAUAUUUCGGAUUUAAGGCAGAUUCAAAGUUGGGGGCCCUUUACAGUUGCCUUUAUUCCUUCACAUGAUGUAUUUUGUUUGGAUGCUUUAUUGGAUUUAAU